CAAAGUAACAUCACUCAACAAACAGUGUUCCCAUGUAGGUCUGCAUUAUCGACCCACACAGAUGUGAUGUGAAGUCGUUUGUAGGCUUUAGGCAGAUCUCUCUCUCUCAGUGAAAGAGCUGUUCGUGCAAGACAGAUGUUUUCCCCAUCAGUCGCCACCCUCACACUCCCUCCAGCGCUUAUAACCGCUUUAUAAGCACCGCUGCCUGCAUGCGCUGCGGGGACUGACAUGAAGACGGACCCAGCCGGGUGGUCACGUCCACAGGGAAACCGAUCGCCGUUUUCUGCUUGAAUCCCGAACGGUGUUUCAGAUCAGAUCAGGUAUUCAUCAGACCACAAACAUCCAGGAUGUUCGUAUAGCUCAUCUGUCAACCUGUGCAGAAGAGGACUGUUCCCUCAGUCGUGAUUUCAGUCACGGAUGAAGAGGCCCUGAAUGGACCGCUGCUGAGGAUAAAAACGGCAUUAUUAACGCGCGUUAAUCGCCUCUGCGCCGCGGAUUUGCUCGGCGAUUCCACGAAGACAUCACGUUGAUGCGCAGAUUGAUAGAGCAGACAUAUUUAAACAUUUGUCUUCUUUACUGUUCAUAGACUGAUUUUGUUGAUGAUCUUCAAUUAGGAGCCAUGAAGGAUUGUAUUUGCUAGCUGGAACCCAGUGACCAAUCAAUGGGAUAAAACUGAGCUCUUUUAGACUCAUUAAAGAUUAAUUAAAUACCUUAUUCUCAAAUCGUUAAGGUCAAUAGCCAUUAUCAUAGCCAAGUGCUCCAUCAGACGAUAGGCCAGAAGAGUUCCUGUGUGCGCAGACAGUUAGAGUCAGGUCCAGGUCUGAUCCAGGAUUCAAGUCAGGGUUCUCCGCCAUUCUGGCUUUUUCCUCAAAGCCAGUCAUUAUUCCGUAGAACUGCCCACACACCGCUGCCACCAUUCGCCCAUCUCUCGCCACAGCAGUCCUCCCGUCCAGGCCCCGCUCCGGCCCGGCGUCCGGCAUGGCGCCUCAGGGGCGGGAUCACCUGGCCACACGGGAGUCUGCAGGCCGAAGACGGAGCCCGAAUGUGCGGCACACGCUCAGCCCGGAGAACCUACGAAGCCUGGCGGAGCGCGGUGGAGCUGAGCAGGCGGGAGUGGGACUGCCCAGAGCCAACAGCGACACAGACCUGGUCAGCUCUCAAGGGCGAUCCUCACUCACAGCCUCGACUCUAGAGUUUACAUUGGGCCGCGGACAGAACCUCGUCAUCUCAUGGGACAUCAAGGAGGAGGUGGACGCCACUGACUGGAUCGGCCUGUACCACAUAGAUGAAACCUGUCCGUCAAACGUGUGGGACUGUAAGAACCGUGGGGUAAACGGCACACAGUGUGGUCAGAUCGUCUGGAGAUUAGAGGUCGGACCAUACUUUCUUGAAUCUGAGACAAGGAUCUGCUUUAAAUACUACCAUGGAGUAAGUGGAGCAUUGAGAGCCACGACUGCCUGCAUCACAGUCAAGAACCCCAGAGCCUCGGUUGAUGGCCAAGGAGAAGGACAACAAGCUUCAGACAGUAGUCGAAAACUGGUUAGCUUUACCCUAUCAGAUAUCCGGGCUGUUGGGCUGAAGAAGGGGAUGUUUUUUAACCCAGACCCUUAUUUGAAGAUGAGCAUUCAUCCAGGCAAAAGAAGCUGCUUUCCGACCUUUUCCCAUCACGGCCAAGAGAGGCGAUCCGGCAUUACAACUAACACCACUAAUCCUGUUUGGCAUGGAGAGAAACAUACGUUUGUGGCUCUUAUGACAGACGUCUUAGUGAUUGAGGUUAAAGAUAAGUUUGCUAAAAGUCGACCCAUUAUUAAACGCUUCCUGGGUCAGCUGAACAUUCCUGUGCAGCUGCUGCUGGAGAGACAUGCGACAGGGAACCAGUCGCUCAGCUUCUCCCUAUGUCGUCGUUUGCCCACUGAUCAUGUGAGUGGUCAAAUGCACUUUAAAGUGGACGUCACAUCUAUGGGCCCAGAUGAUGUGUCCCCUGAGACAAUUCUGGGGGCAGCAGCCCUCAAUGGAGCUCCUGGAACCCCUUCAGAUGAUGAAGAGCUGCCUCAUCCUCUACCCAUCUCAUCAGCAGGCCCUUCCCCAACAUGCUCCCUGGGGUCCAACAGAAAUGGGGAGGGGAGCAGCAUUCCUUCCCCCGACACGGAGAUCUAUGGUGGCACCCUGGACGACGAGGCCCCUUCUUCUCCAGACCUGCUCCAGGGCUCUUUCAGCGAGCAGCUUGAUGCCAUUGAGGCUCCCAAAGGCCCGGGUGACAGACCUCUAGGAGCAGCUUCUCCAAAACUCCGCUCCAGCUUUCCCACACAUACGCGACUCAGUGCCAUGCUGCACAUUGACUCGGAUGAAGAUGAGGACAGAUCUGCUGCUACAGAGGCCACGUUGUCAACAUUUAAUGGCAUUCCAAGAUCUCAUCAAGCACCUCCAAAAGCAGCAGUUACGGGAGCUGUGUUUGAUGGAGGCGUAGAGGAACCUCCAGAAGAGGCUGGGCUGGAGUCUGAAGUAGAGACUCUGAAUGCAGGAGCAGAGGUGCCUCCUGAUCCAGAGGUCGUGCCCAGUUCAGUUGCCCCCGAGGUGGAAACAGCCAGUCUGAUGGAGAGGCAAGGGGAACAGGGGCAGGAGGUGGAGGUAGAGGAGGAGGAGGAAGAGGGCCUGGCGCCCAGUGAAGAGCUGGCAACUGAAGUUGAUAUCUCCUCGAUGGCAUCUGACUGCUGCCCGGGGCCUGCAUCAGCAUCUCAGGAGGCGGAGCAGGGGGCAGAGGCAGCCAUUGACCCAGGGGGAGAAGAUCUCUCAGAUGAUCCACCUACCACUUAUGAGGUUGCAGAGAAUGCUGAAGAAACGCAUCCAACCAAUGAGCUGGAGAGAGAUGCUCCAAAACCAGAGCCCCCCGCCAAUGAGGAAGAGGAAUGUGAAGAUGUGACCGAGGACACCAUGUCCAGAAGAUGGAGUCUGGAGGCCACAGCAGGAGUGUCACAGGAGGAUGAAGAUGAGUUGAUACCAUCCGGAGAUGGGGAAUCUGUCGACUCUGAGACUUUUGUUACAGAGACAGAGUCAGAAUUAGGCGUCCCUCAGGUAAACGGAGAUCAGCGUGUUCAUUCUCUGCCAUCUGUAAGACAAGACAUCCACCGAUACCAGCGUGUGGACGAGCCUUUACCUCCUAACUGGGAGGCUCGUAUUGACAGUCAUGGCCGUAUCUUCUUUGUGGAUCACGUGAAUCGCACCACCACAUGGCAGAGACCCACCGGCCCUCCAGCUCCACAGGGUCUGACCCGCUCCAGCUCCAUUCUGCAGAUGGAACAACUCAACCGCAGGUAUCAGAGUAUUCGCAGGACGAUGACCAGUGAAAGGUCUGAGGAACACAGAGUUGAAGAUCCUCCAGCUGAUGAAACAGAUGUGCUGGCUCAGUCCAUCAGUGAAUACCGGAGGGACGGCAUUAUUGGUCAGGCCAGCUCACGCUCUCGGCUGGCUCUUCUGCUUCAGUCUCCUGGUGCAAAGUUCCUGUCCAGUCCAGACUUCUUCUCUGUUCUGCAUUCUAAUCCUAGUGCCUAUCGGAUGUUCACAAGUAACACGUGUCUGAAGCACAUGAUCAGUAAAGUUCGACGGGAUGCCCAACACUUUGAGCGGUACCAGCACAACCGAGACCUGGUCAACUUCCUCAAUCUGUUCUCCAACAAGCAGCUGGAGCUUCCCCGGGGCUGGGAGAUGAAACAUGACCACACUGGGAAGCCCUUCUUCGUAGACCACAACUGUCGUGCCACAUCAUUUAUUGACCCGCGGCUGCCCUUGCAGAACUCGCGGUCCAGCGGACUGUUGGCUCACAGACAGCACCUGUCCCGCCAGCGCAGCCACAGCGCAGGAGAGGUUGGAGAUGACUCUCGCUCCCCGAGUCCUCCAGUCCAGGGACGGUCAUCUAGAAACAGUCAGUAUCAGGACCUGGUGCCUGUGGCCUAUAAUGAUAAGAUUGUUGCCUUUUUGCGACAACCCAACAUUUUUGAGAUCCUGCAAGAGAGACAGCCAGAACUUGUGAGAAACCAUUCCCUUAGGGAAAAGGUUCAGUUUAUCCGCAAUGAGGGGGCAACAGGGUUAACUCGUCUGUCCAGUGAUGCAGACCUGGUUAUGUUGCUCAGCCUGUUUGAAGAGGAAGUGAUGUCGUAUGUUCCGCCCAAUGCCUUACUGCUCUCCAGCUACUGUCAUGCGUCCCCACAGAGCUCCCCUGGAACCCCACGGGCUAAUGCUCGAGCCCCUGCUCCCUACAAGCGGGAUUUUGAGGCCAAAUUAAGAAACUUCUACCGCAAAAUGGAGACCAAGGGCUACGGACAGGGGCCAGGAAAAGUGAAGUUAAUAAUAAGAAGAGAUCAUCUGCUUGAGGAUGCUUUCAAUCAGAUCAUGUGUUAUUCCCGCAAAGACCUCCAAAGAAGCAGGCUUUACGUCAGCUUUGUCGGAGAAGAGGGGUUGGACUAUAGUGGUCCAUCCAGGGAGUUCUUCUUCCUGGUUUCCCGUGAGCUUUUUAACCCAUACUAUGGACUAUUUGAAUACUCAGCUAAUGACACUUACACUGUGCAGAUCAGCCCCAUGUCAGCCUUUGUGGACAACCAUCAUGAGUGGUUCCGGUUCAGUGGCCGCAUUCUGGGCCUCGCUCUAAUUCAUCAGUACCUGCUGGAUGCCUUCUUUACCCGACCCUUUUACAAAGGCCUUCUCCGCAUUCCAUGUGAUCUGAGUGAUCUAGAGUUUCUGGAUGAGGAGUUUCAUCAGAGUCUGCAGUGGAUGAAGGACAAUGACAUCGAGGACAUGCUGGACCUCACCUUUACAGUCAAUGAGGAAGUGUUUGGACAGAUAACAGAACGUGAACUAAAACCGGGUGGAUCUGGCAUUGCUGUGUCAGACAAGAACAAGAAAGAGUACAUUGAGCGCAUGGUGAAGUGGAGGAUUGAGAGAGGUGUGGCUCAGCAGACAGAGAGUCUUGUACGAGGAUUUUAUGAGGUGGUGGACGUGCGGCUCGUCUCAGUGUUUGAUGCCCGAGAGCUGGAGCUGGUCAUUGCUGGAACAGCAGAGAUUGACCUGACCGACUGGAGAAACAACACAGAAUACAGAGGAGGUUAUCAUGACAACCACAUAGUGAUUCGAUGGUUCUGGGCUGCUGUGGAGAGGUUCAACAAUGAACAGAGACUACGACUCCUUCAGUUUGUUACAGGAACUUCCAGCAUUCCCUAUGAGGGCUUUGCCUCACUGCGGGGCAGUAAUGGUCCACGCCGAUUCUGUGUGGAGAAAUGGGGCAAAGUGACCUCCCUCCCACGGGCUCACACCUGCUUUAACCGGCUGGAUCUCCCUCCCUACCCCUCGUUCUCCAUGCUCUAUGAGAAGAUGGUCACGGCUGUGGAGGAAACCAGCACCUUUGGUCUGGAAUGAGCUCUCAUCACAGCAAAAGUGCUAUUCAUUUUUUCUCCUUAGUUCUCGAAACCUGACUCGGCGUGCAGGCUUAAUUAUCAUUCCUCACUCUUUAUUACAGCCUUUGUCACCAGACACUUACAUAAUCAUUUUAUCAGAGUCUAUGGAACUGAAAUGUAUGCCAUCUAGUGACUCACUGAGCGAGUGCCAACUCUUGUUCUAUACCGUAUGGAGUCGACAGCCUGCUGUGAAAACUGCAUUUCAUCCUUCACACAAACAGACGUUCACAUUCACAGAAAUCAGAGCCGGGGUCUUGAUCGCUUGGGUUUGGUCUUGGCAUUAGACUGAGUUUGCCUCAUGUGUUCUGUAAAGUGAAGCCAAAACAUUAUGUUCGCCCCCUGUUGACUGGAUGUAGAACAGAUCAUAAACCUCACCCUCUCAAUAUAAAAUCAGGAGGUUUUAACCAAGUGAAAAACAAACAAAAACAACUGCACUUUGCAAUUUUAGGAGGUUCUUAUUACAUUAAUAUAGGGCUGCGGCAAUCCUUGACUGAACUUGCCUUCCCUUGGUCUAUGUGUGCCUCACAGAUCCUGACAAAAGUGCAAUCAAAAGGUUUUCUGGAGCCAGGCUGCUGUACAAGACAUUGAAACUUUAAAAAAAUCUCAUUACCUCACUCACUCACCCACCUUCCUUCAGCUUAUUUUCCUGUUUCUCAGGGGUCACCACAGCAGAACGAAAAACAGUUACUCUGGCAUAUGUUUUACCAGCGGAUGCCCUUCUGGCGCAAGUACAACCCUCAGUGCUGGGAAACACUCAUUUACACAUUAUAGCCAAUUUAGUUUAUGCAAUUCAAAUCGGAGCAAACCUAAGCAGACAUCAUGCUGCACAUUCAACUAUGUUUCAAAUAAUUUUACCCAAAGAUGGUUUCCACCAAUUUAAGUAGUUUAUAUCACAUUAAUAUAUGUUCAAGUCUCCAUUUGUAGUUAUUUGAUGCUAUAAAAUAGGGCACUUGUAAUUGGAUCAGCAAAUGUUUGAGUGGAAAUUUUUAUUGUGUGGCUUCAGCUCAUAAGCACUGCUACACAAGUUCCAAAUGACAUAAUUUGGUCGCACGUUUUGGCUUCACUUUUCGACACUGGAAGAAAGCAGAGAUGCAUGGUCUAUGGUCUAGUUAUAGAGAUAUGGUCUCUAUGGCCCUGUUUAUCCCUGGUGUUAAGAUGCAGUUUUGUUGAUCUGAUCAAAAGUGAACAACGUUUAAUAUAGGUGUAAGAAAGAUUUUUUUAUUUAAAAAUGCUUGUCCUUCUUCAAUCACUUCUACACAAAGAUCUACAGGUAUAUGUGCACCUGUUCACAGACCCCUAAAACAUUCAGGAUAUUGUAAGUGCUUGAAAUAGGACAAACCAUAUGGAUUAAAUCACCAAAUGUGUGCCUCCUGUCUGCUGGUGAUAAGAUCAAUCAAAUUGCUUCUUAAAGCCAGAUGCAAACACGGUUUGAAGGAACAAACAUCUUAACAAAUAAUAACUCUCUGUCAUGAAGAUAUAAUGUCAUUGUCAGUCAAGAAAGCUUUGUGGUUUUCUUGCUUUAACUGGGUGUGAUUCUGUGUCUGAAUAAUGUUGAUCUUGCCUGCAGCUCUGAAAGCGUUAGUUUACUAAUUUUCCAAUCUUAAAAGAGAAUGAACACAUAAAAGAGCAUGCACACUCUCUUAGAGAGAUUCUUGCACCAAACGUAGUGGUUGUAGAAUAGCAACCUGAACAUCCUAGGUUCAAAUGAACUAGAUGGUUCCUCUAUCACCUCUUGUGCCCUUGAGCAAGACAUUUAUCACCAGACUGUUCCGGAGGACUGUAAAUGUAGUAAUUCACUUUGGUUGGACAACACUGAUUAACUAACAAACACCAGUACUUUGUAACAUUCACACAUUUUUAAUUCACCUCUCAAACCUUUAUGCAACCUACAAAUGUUACUUAAAGGGAUCGUUCACCCCAGAAAUGAACAUUUGCUGUUAAUUUACUCAUCCUUGGGUCAUUCAAUGUGCAAGUGACUUUUUUCCAGCGGAAUUUCAAACUUGUUUUAGCUGAAACGACGGUCCUCUGGGAGUCAUAACAAGUCAUUGGCUGUUGGCACUUCGAGAAUCCCAAAAAUUAAAUGAAUAAAAAACAUUCUGCAGAAAUGAUGUUUGUGGCUCUUGAAAAUACACUGAAGUCUUAUGUAACAAAACAAAGUGUGCAAGAAACUGAACUAAGUGUGGUUUAUUUAUAAACUAAUUUCGAGAGGAUCACGUGCUUAUGAUUGAACACAGCUGGUACCGCAUCAGCUCUGUAUAUUGCACCAAUCAGAUGAAUACUGACGCACUAUAAAUAACCAGAGUUUUUCUUUCCAGUCAUCUUCGUCUUGAAGAAUCCCCCCUUCCACUCCUCCCCUGCUUCGAUUGGGUGGCACGGCGACCCAGUGGUUAGAACUGUUGCCUCACAGCAAGAACGCCUCUGGUUCGGCCCCUCUCCGAGCCGUUUGGUGUUUCUGUGCGGAGUUUGCAUGUUCUCCCCGUGUUUGUGUGGGUUUUCCCCAAGUUUCCCGGUUUUCUCCCAUGGUCUCAAAGACAUACACCAUAAGUAAAUUGACUACUUCAAAAUAGCAUCUUAAGACAACUUUUAGCCAGAUAUAUCUCAGCACGUCCACAAGCAGGGGAGUUCUCGAGGCCUACCUGAGCUCAAACUCUCCUCUCGCCCUUCAAAUCGGAGGGAGCCCCGCGCUCUAGGAUAUUUUGAGCUCAGGGCUCUUUCCCAGGACAGCGUGCCAAAUAUG